UGGAGCUGUGACUUAAGUGAUAGAGCACCAGCCCCACAUCCCAUAAAUCAGACAACAUGAUAGGAUUGGAGUCUGUAGCUAAUCUAAUGGCAGUGCCAUACAGUGUGCCUGCACUCACAAUGGUGUAUCUUGUGGCCUAUUACAACAAUAAUCUUCCAGCCUACACUGCCAUGAAGUCCUCAAAGACAAAGCAGACAUACCUACCCUUGAGGAGUUUAUGAUCUAACAGAGUGACCUGGAUCAAGAGCUAGAGGUACAACACAAUAAAUGGAUCAGAGAAAGGGAGCUAUUCUGAGUGGAGCAAAAGCCACCCAUGAAAAGGCAGAGUUGGGACUAGAUUUGGGAGAAGGAUUUGAGUAGAAAACGUGAAGAGCAGAGGAAGCGUUCCAGGAAAGGGACAGCUGGGGCCAUGGGUCACAGCGCUCUCCCUGUCCCCACCUCAAAGGAACACUGCCAGUGCCACUGAGCUCUGGGGCCCUCCUUCAUGCAUCCAUGAAAAGCAAGCUCGUUUUUCUGUCAUAUGUAAAGUUCUUUCCAGCCUUCAAGGCGCCCUGACUCUUAAGGCUUCUCCUGCACUGUGGUGUCAUUGUCUUUUUACCUGCCUCAUCUGCUCUGCUCCCUGGAAAGCCUUGGCUCUCUUUACAGUCGUCACUGGAACUCUUGAAAGGCCAGGUCUCAGGAGAUCCGCUUCAGAGGCCUGCAUGGACUGAGGCAGUCUGGAGAGACACCCCAGGGUGAGGCUGGGGUGACGAAUGUUGAAGAGAAGACACCAAGGGAACUUAAACUUUGCUAAGUGAUAAAACACAGCCAGAGAGAGUACCACAUGCAACUAGAAGCCAUUUGUGUCAAGGUGACAACUGGUGACACGAAAGGUCAUGAAAGGCCAAUGCCACCACUUGCCACCAUCCAGCCCAAAGCAGCAAGACAGAGCCAGCUGCCACCUGCGACCAACCCCAGCCUGGUGGGGCUCUGUGUGGUCAGCCCUCAGCUGCUCAGGGUGCAGCCCCUUGGGAGGACUGGGUCACCCCCGAGCCUCCCCCGAAGCCCACCUCAGCCUCCUGCUUGUCGGGUGUUUGUACAGAGGCCACUGCCCGCCCUCCAACCGCUCCCGACCAGGGGGGCCCCGGCUCUGAGUGGGCAGGCCACCACCCUGAGCCCCUGGGCCGCCGCUGGCCAGCCCCCAGCGACGCCCGCCUUGUCCAGCUUGCCUGCAAAACAUACCGGGAAACUGAAAAGGUCUCUCAAAGUGAAAACACGCUCUGGACGGAUAUCUCGCCCUCCCAAAUUCAAAGCCAGAGAUUACAAAUUCAUCAAAAGAGAGGGCUUGGCAGAUGGGCACCCGUCGGAUUCCGAUGACUACUCGGAACUGAGUGUGGAAGAGGAGGAAGAGCAGAAGGAGCCGUGGGCGCUCUUCCACCUUGAGAGCUGUGCGCUGCGGCCCAGGGCCUUCAAGUGCCAGACCUGUGAAAAGUCAUACAUAGGAAAGGGAGGCCUGGCCCGGCAUCUCAAGCUUAAUCCCAGCCACAGCCCGCUGAAGCCCGAGAAGUCCCUCACUGAGAAAGCUAAUGGGAGCCUGACCCAGGAGUGCGUGGAGGCAGGGGGCAGAGGCUUGGUCUCCCCAGAGUGGAGGGCACCAGCUGCUCUCAAUAAGGAAGGAGCAGAUGCGGCAGUGGGUGGCCUGCAGAAUGGUCAGUCUGUGGAAGUGGAAGACACAAGAGUGCCUGAACCAGAAAAUGGGAGUCAGUUAGCUCUCUUGGGAUCAGAGGACCAAGGACGGAGACAUGGAGGCUCAGAGACCCUGACAGAGCGCAGUAGAGCCAUCCGCCAGCGGGGAAGAGCAGCCGCGCUGCGCCAACGCCCUGCGGUGGCUGCCAGGCUGCGCGCCCAGCUGGAAGAGUCUCUCCAACAGUGUGGCCGUGAGGAUCUGGUGGAAUUGGUGCUGCCUCGGCUGGCUCAAGUCGUAACUGUGUAUGAAUUUCUUCUGAUGAAGGUUGAGAAGAGUCAUCUAGCAAAGCCUUUUUUCCCAGCCAUCUAUAAGGAAUUUGAAGAGUUGCAUAACCUGGUUAAGAAAACAUGUCAAGACUACCUCAGCAGUGCGGGUCCGUAUCCGCGGGAGCCCCUGGAGAUCAGCAAUGACAAGGUUGCUGAGUCAUUAGGAAUCACAGAAGAAUUUCUGCAGCAGAAAGAAAUACACCCAGACUGUACUGCACGGAAGCAUGUUAGCGCGGAGAUGCACGUGGACAAGCUAGAGGGAGCCGGCAGACAGAAGAGGGAGUGUGAGGCUGCAGGCGAGGGGCUGGCCACAGAGAAGAGGCCCCGAAGACUAGUGGGGCCAUCAGACAGCCCUGAGCCUCUUGUGGUGGACAGCAGAGACCUAGAGGAGUCCAGGCCCUUGUGUGUCACAGCUGCCUGUGAGGGUUUUCCGCCCCCUGUUGGCGGGCGGGCCCCUCUGCUCCGGGCCGGAAGCCUGGGGACGAUGGUCUCCGAUGGUGAUGGAGGCGCAUUACUUGCGAGCCAGAAGCUGGUGGCAGCUGCGUUGGCUGACUUGGAAUGGAUAAGUGGGUGUGCAGGGCCUGCACUCCGGUGUCGGUGUGUCACUGAGCCUGCUCAUUGCACGCAGGUAGAAGAGCUGGGGAGUUCACCCUCAGCCCCGGAGGCAGUGCUCCCUGAAGAGAAAGCCCUCGCACACGCUGCAGACCUGCACACUGCAGACAGCCAGAGGCGCCCAGCCGGGCAUGGCACCAUGGCAGCGAGAGCAGGAGGGGAGCCUGCGCUUGGCACGGAGGCGGUGAACCUUGGCCAGUUGAGUGGCUCCCACCUGGAUGGCCAGCAGGCCUGCCCCAGCCACGUCCUGCUUGUGGAUGCCACGGGCCCUCUGCUCGACAAUGUUUCACCCAUGGACAUGGCCCCAGAAGAUGCUGCCUCCAGCACUGGGCCUGAGCCAGAGCCUCGGCCUGGCCUGGACAGACUUUUGUCAGCUACAGGGAGCACGGGAAGCCACGCUCGGGGAGCCAGCCAGCUCUCCUGUGCGGGGGCACGUGUGGGUCCGGGGGAGUUGGAGAGUAAGGUGGCUGUAGGGGACACCCAGGCUUUCACGGUGACCAGCAGGUGCCAGGAAGGACAAGAGAACAUUCUUACUGAGACCCCUGAUGGACGUGUCUUGUCCCAUCUAGGUACCCUCAUGUCUCAGGAGGAUGUGGUCAUAGUGACUGACACAGAGGGGUCCCCGGUCUUGAAGGUGGGCCUGCCAGAAAGGGGUUCAUCUUGGAACUUCAGGGACACUUCUCACUGUGGAAACAGAGACUCUCAGUGACAAGCAAUCAGAAUCUCAGUCUUAGAUCUGCAUAUGAUUUAUCAGAGAAGACCUAUAUAAGGCAGGGCAUAUUUUUCUAAUGUGACUACUGACACAAAUGAGCCUUUUAUUUAUAAAGAAUAAUACCUAUCUACUCUGUUUUUCAGAAGAACUCAUUACAAUCAUGGCAAUA